AUGCGUUUGCAGUCGUAUUUCGUCGCGGCUCUCGCUGCUUCGCCAGUCGCGGCCCUGUGGCCCAUCCCCAUCGAAAUCUCCACUGGCAACAAGACCCUCUUCAUCGACAAGACCAUCAAGAUCACCUAUAAUGACGCACCUCUCGCCUACCAGCCCGGCUACAGCCCACCUGCCGGCAGCAACUUUACCUCCAAGAACAUUGUCCAGGGCGCCCUUGCGCGCUCUCUGAAGGCCAUCUUUGACGAUGGCUACGUGCCCUGGAUGCUGCAUAAGCCUGGGUCUGACUUUGAACCGAAGUGCGGCCCGACCACCCGCAACCGCGUGCAAUCGCUCACCAUCACCCAGACUGGCAAGGAUGAUGUCCACACGUACAAGCCGCUGGCCGGCCAGCGCGAUGAGUCCUAUUCACUCAACGUUACCAUCGACGGCCGGGCCAGCAUCCAGGCAAACUCCUCCAUCGGUGUGAUGCGCGGCCUCGAGACCUUCUCACAGCUCUUUUUCAAGCACUCGGCCGGUGGUGCCUGGUACACUACCCGGGCCCCUGUCAUCAUCGCGGACGCGCCCAAGUUCCCGCACCGUGGCAUGGUGCUCGAUGUUAGCCGCCACUGGUUCGCAGUUGAGGAUAUCAAGCACACAAUUGAUGCCCUCGCCAUGACCAAGAUGAAUGUGCUGCAUUUGCACAUGACCGACACCCAGUCCUGGCCCCUGGAGAUCCCAGCCUUGCCACUGCUCGCCGAGCGCCACGCGUACAGCAAGGGCCUGACCUAUUCGCCAGCUGUCAUAGCUGAUCUGCAUGAAUACGGCGUCCACCGCGGCGUGCAGGUGAUUGUCGAAAUCGAUAUGCCUGGUCAUGUUGGUAUUGAGCAUGCCUACCCCGGCCUGUCUGUGGCCUACAAUGAGCGUCCGUACACGCAGUACUGCGCGCAACCCCCCUGCGGGUCCUUGCGCCUCGGCAACACAAAGGUUGAAGAAUUUUUGGAUAAGCUGUUUGAGGAUCUUCUGCCGCGUCUGUCACCGUACACGGCCUACUUCCAUACUGGCGGCGACGAGUACAAGGCAAACAACUCGCUUCUGGACCCCGACCUGAAGACAAACGACGUGUCCAUCUUGCAGCCGCUGCUGCAGCGCUUUUUGGACCACGCGCAUAAGAAAAUCCGCGACUUUGGGCUUGUGCCCAUGGUUUGGGAGGAGAUGAUCAACGAGUGGAACGCGACCCUCGGCAAGGAUGUGGUCGUGCAGUCGUGGUUGGCGCAGGACGGGAUCAAGAAGCUGGCCGAGUCUGGUCACAAGGUGGUUGUCAGCAGCUCUGAUGCCUAUUACCUCGACUGUGGUCGUGGCCAAUUCAUCGACUACGAAAACGGCCCUGCCUUUCAGCGCGCCUACCCUUUCACCGACUGGUGUGCGCCCACCAAGAACUGGCGCCUCAUUUACGCGCAAGACCCUCGUGCCGGCAUCUCCGGCGAUGCGGCCGCCAACGUCCUUGGCGGCGAGGUUGCCGUCUGGACGGAAACCAUUGACGCCACCAGCCUCGACACCAUUGUCUGGCCGCGCGCCGCCGCGGCGGGCGAGAGCUUGUGGUCUAGUCGGUAUGAGUCUGAUGGUAAGAAUAGGUCCAUGUACGAUGUGCGUCCGCGUCUGUCCGAGAUGCGCGAGCGAAUGCUCGCCCGCGGCGUGCGAGGGGCUCCGAUCACGCAGCUGUGGUGCGAUCAGGCGGACACGCUCGACUGCACAAACGAGUAG